AUGGAAAAUUCAUCUUCACCAAUUAUGGACAUUGAGAUCAAAAACACACAUCCGUGGAUUGUGAAAGCCAUCCUUAACCAAAGAGUUCAAGUGAAGAAUAUGGUCAAUUGGAAUGAGAUUAUCAUGAAACCCAAGUUCAGUGAUGAAUCAUUAGAUCAUUUAUUUUUUUACUGUCCCACCUUGAGGCAUAUUUGGCUAGAGGUUCUUGACUGGAUACAAAUGAAACAUAUACCAGGUGAUUGGAAACAUGAGUUGGAAUGGUUAAUCAAGACAUCUAAAGGUAAAAGUAACAAAACUGCCGUUCUCAAGUUAGCCAUCACAGAGACUAUAUAUGAGUUAUGGUCUUAUAGAAAUGACAAAAGCUUUGGAAAUAGUGUGAAUAAUAAGAGUAUAAGAAAAAAAAUUAUAGACACAAUAGUUUAUAGGGGAUGGAACAGUGUGAAACUUAAGAAGUAUAUUGCUAUCCUAAUGUUAGGUGUUUGA